CGGAGAGAGCGGCGCAGGGAAAACAGAGAGUACGAAGCUAUUGUUGCAGCACAUAAUGAACCUAUGCAAAGGCAACUCACAGCUUGAGCAGCAGAUCCUUCAGGUAAAUCCAUUGCUUGAAGCUUUCGGUAAUGCCCAGACUGUGAUGAAUGACAACAGCAGCCGCUUUGGGAAAUACAUACAGCUGCGUUUCCAGAAGAAUACUGUGCGAGGUGCAAAGCUGAGUGAGUACCUGUUAGAGAAGUCACGGGUAGUGCAACAAGAUACCGGGGAGAGGAAUUUCCAUAUCUUCUACUACAUGUUUGCUGGGCUGUCUUCAGAGCAAAAGGAGAUGUAUGGGCUACUGGAUCCCUCACUCUACAGGUAUCUUGGGUCAUCAUGGAAGCUGGGAGCUUCCAGUCUGGAACCUCAGCGCUGGAAGCACAAAUACCAAGAGGUGUGCAAUGCCCUUGACAUGGUGGGCUUCCAAGAACAGGAGCAAGUGGACAUGCAGGCUAUCUUGGCUGGUGUGUUGUCUCUGGGCAAUGUGACCUUUGAGCCUGAGGAGAUCAAUGGGUCUGUAAAAGUGAGCGAAGCCUCCCGGGGAUGGCUGAAGGCUGCAGCG